AUGGACUUCCUUCAAUCCACAAACAACGCAUCUCAGUCUUCAUCUUCUGAGCUCUGGCCAGUUGAAUCCGAAUUUGAGGACCCUUUUGCGCCCUGGCCAGUUGAAUCUGAGGGUCCUUUUGCGCCACUAGCGAAGGAAGUGGAGAGCAUCUAUUCACAAACAGUCAGAACUUACACAAGUCUUUGGAACGGCGUCGACAAGUGCUUGAGCAGGAUAAAACUCGGGAUCAGUACCUCGUCUUCAUGUCUGUCCCCCCCGGCGCAAUUUUCCAGACUGACUGAUGAUCGGUCGCGAACAAGCAAGUAUUGUCGAUUCUCUUUCAAUACAGAAACGGGACUCUUAAUCGCCAAAGUCCUGCCAAAACCUGCACAUGAACUCGCGAUAAGAUUGUUUGAUUCGCUCAUGACUCUCCGUCUGCAUGAUAUGCACGUCCAUGAUGAGGUGUUACCUUUCGGGUCGACAACAGUUGAGGCCGGAAAGUGGAAAAAGGAGGCUGACAGCAGCUGGGCUCCUGCUUCGACAAACAUGCCGAGCUUUGUGGUGGAAGUAGGGUUAUCAGAGUCUAAGCCACAGCUUGCUCGUGAUGCGCACGGUUGGCUCACUCACUCCUCGUCUGUGAUUGUCGUUACGAUCAGCAUAAAACGCAACGCUCCCGAUAUCAUUUUAUGCAGAUGGGAAGUUGUUCCCAGAGCUGGCGUCCAUACCCGGUCAUCACCUCUUUCGCCGCGUUGCACCGCAGUUCUCAAACUAUCUCGCACCGAUAAUAGGACAUCCGUUCGCGGAGAGUCGUAUACGAAUGGAACAACCACGACCACCAUCCAGCUAGAUCUACCCUUCCAUAAGGUUGCUGGGCAUCCUCCCCACCGCCCCUCAGAAAGAGACAUCGUGAUACACACCGGAGAGCUCAGACAUUUCGCCGAACAUAUCUGGAAGGAGCAGUGUCUCCUAUGA